CCACUCGCGUUUCCACCCGUGCUGACGCGGCUGCGCGUGUUUACGUGAGGCGACUGCUCCCGUUUCCUGGCGGAGAAGAUGGCGGCUCCUGGACCAGGGGAGUAUUUCAACGUCGGGAGCCAUGUCUCCUGCCUCACCUGCCUGGGGCAGCGCUUGCAAGGAGAGGUCGUCGCUUUCGACUACCCGUCCAAGAUGCUGACUUUGAAAUGUGCCCCGUCUAGUGGUAAACCCAACCUCAGCGACGUGGUCCUAGUUAACCUGGCCUACGUGUCAGACGUGGACAUCAUCAAUGACCGUGCUGAAACUCCUCCCCCUUUAGCAUCUCUUAAUUUUAACAAGCUUGCGACUAGAGCACGGGAGGAAAAGGAAGACAAGUUGUCGCUAGCGUUUGCAGUAAGUGCUGGCGUCUCUGUGGAGGGUCAACAACUGUUCCAGACCAUACAUAAAACGAUCAAAGAAUGCAAGUGGCAAGAGAAAAACAUUAUAGUGAUGGAUGAUGUGGUCAUAAAUCCGCCGUACCAAGUGGACAACUGUAAAGGAAAAGAAGGCAGUGCUUUGAGUCACGUGCGCAAAAUAGUUGAAAAACAUUUCCGGGACAUGGAGAGCCAAAAACCAUUGCAACAUUCACAGCAAGCUCAACAAACACAGAAGGACUCUGCUGUAUCAUCAUGAGCUCAGGCUCUGACCGAGAACAUUAAGUUGACAAAAGUUUUUUUAUUCUUUUUUUUUUUACCAAUUGCCAGACAAAGGUUGAGAUAUCUGAUACUCUCUGUUUUGAGCAGGAGUAGCUGUCCUACACAUCUGAUAUGAGAAACUGCUACCGUUAACAAUGGGCAAAAAUAGAAUGCUGACUUAGAAUAUUACUGAUGUAGAAAACGUUUGAGUUUCCCUUUUCAAACAAAGUUGUCCAAACCCUCCCUGGAUGUUUUAAGGUCACUUGAUUCUCCACCAAAACACUUGUUUGAGUAUUCUCGAAAAAAUGUGGCUCAAAAGUGCGAGGAUGAAACAAAAACGAUUAGCCCCUCAGACCGGUUAACUAUUGUUGGAUUUCCGUGGCACGUGUAUGGGUUAGUUGUUGACUGAUCUGAUACGAGUAUUGUAAGCGAGGGCUAAAGAACCUGAAUUGCACUUAACAUCCACACAACUCUCAUCUCAUUUUCAGAAACACUUUUUGGAUCUAAACUCCAGCUAUAUAUCAUUUUAAACAAUCACUUACAAUUUUUAGUGAUAAAGCGACAUUAACUCUUGAGUACUGUAAGCAUCCCUUCAGUCUACAUGUAGAUCUUUAUUUUCAGCUACAAGGGCAGAGAGAGAAAUGGAGAAAUUACUUUGUUGUUUUCUUCCAUAUUGGUCCUUGCCAUUUAAAUACCUCUUCCUUAGUGGGACCAUUUUCUAAGAUGCAAUGUUUUUUAUAGUAUUAUUAUUUUCUUUUUUUCUAAAUACAUCAAACCUGGAAGGCUAAAUGCAAUGACAGAUGAGAUUCUCAUAUCUCUGACUGCAUUACUUCGUAUUCCAAUGACGGUCGUUAUUCGUUUGAUAUGUGACAUCUCGCUCAUCUCGUAACAGGACUCUUUUCUCAACGGGAAUAUUUGUAAUCACCUUUUUGGAAAAAGGAAAAGUUAAAGCUAUAUCUUGCCAUGUUGAGAGACUGGGAUGGCGGGGAUGGGAAAUCCUCCCCAUCCCGGCCUCAAGAACCUUGUAGCCCGAUGGAGGCUCUAGCCGUGGCGCCAAGCUGUGACAGGCAUCCGUGUUGCAUACCAUUUUAUAUGGCUGUGUUAACACGGUUGCUGUUCGCAUAGAUUUCUUUUGCAGUAUUUUUUUUUUUUAGAUGGCAAUGAAGAAAUAAAAAGAAAAAAAGAA